GCUGGCGUGUAUCGACAUAUUUUAUAUUUAAGUUGGACGCACUCAGCAGGCAUUAUCAUGAGGCAACUAUUCUUUGUCUUUGGAUGUGCUCGAUUUAUAUCACUGGCUCUUCUGAGUAGCCGCUUCCCAGUCUAAACGCGCUGCUCCGUCCCGGCGGGCGCUCCAGACACUACAUAACAAACAGCCGUCAUUCUAGAAGGACCGUGGGCGCGUUCCGCGUUGAUUUGACAGGCACUGCGCGUGAGUGUAAACAGCCUUACAGAGUGUAAAAUACAAUAUGUGCAGGCUUAACCUUUGUUUUAGCUUUGUGGCACGACCAGUCAAACACCAGCAAGACGACAGAGAGGUGUCUCCAGCAUCCACAGGCUCAGCUGGGGUUGGAUGUGUUUGUGCCGCUGUGUUUAAACCAUGAAAACAUGUCACCUGGAACGGCUCCCAGCGUCACUUCCCGUGUGCGCUUGAUGCGAAAAACAAACGCGCGGAGGCUUGGAUACCCAAACAAUAACAAUAAUUUUGUCAUGCAGCGGACGGGAAUGUGCGUCACUUCUCUCUAUUCGUUUAUUUUAUCCCAAGAUUGAUUGUGUUAUUCGGUUGAGUUUCAGCUGAGCCCUAACUGGCUCUAUACAAAGUGAAGUCACACCGUGAUUUAUUUAUUAAUACAAUGCAAACUAACACGAGAAAGCCGCAACCACUGAAAUCCCGGGUGAGUACUGUCAGAUCCGGCGGUGAAACCAAGGUGCACAGCCGAAAGGUCCCCUAUAGAGUUGGAUACACCUGGAACAGAGGUGGGAGACUCAAGGAGCUGAGAAUAAGGCACCUGGCAAGGAAGUUCCUGAAUAAAUGGAUUUACAACACUUUUGGUCGAGUCCAUCCUCAGAAAGCCAGGUGCCACCAUGCCAGGGUGGUCCUGCUCCGAGCCUUUGGAGCCUGGAGGGAUGAGUGGUGGAGCUGUAGGAGGGAGUGGAGUCUCACCGUGCGGGCACAGUGUCAUUACAGGUAUUACCUCUAUAACUGGAUUUUCCACAGCUGGAGAGGCUUUGUGUCUGUGCAGAGAGAAAAGAAGAAGAAAGUCCAAAAUGCCCAGUCCUUUGCUGAGGACCGACGGAUGCACCUGGUGUGGGACAGGUGGGAGAUUUUCCUGGAGAUGAGACGAAUGAAGCGCAGGAUGAAUGAAUCUGCUUUGCAAAAGAAAAAACUUGCAGUUCUUCGUUCAGCGUGGAGCGCGUGGCAGAUGAAGCUGCAGCAGCGUCAUGACCUGCACGCGUUGGAGGAGCAGGCCCUGCAGCAGCGGGCACUGACGUUACAGAGAAUGGCAUGGCUUAAGUGGAAAGAAUUGCACACGGCUGCCUGCUCUCAGAGAGAGAAGGAAUCCAAGGCUUCACUCCACUUCAUCCUUGGUCUGAGGAGAAAAGCAUUAACUCAAUGGAUUCGUUAUGUAUCGUACCGACAAGCAAAGAAACAGCCACAAGCUGUGGCUGUGCGUGCCCAGCAUCUCAGACUGGUCAGGGGGUGUUGGAGUAAAUGGCGCAAUGGAUUGUAUCGCAAAUGGAGCGAGGAGGACCGCCAGCAGGCUGCAGGACAUUUGUCAAAGCAGAGCAUCCAGCGCUGGGCCCUGGAGCGCUGGAGAACUUAUGUGAAUCUGUGCAGAGAGGAAGCUGAAAGAAACCACAUCGCGACUCAACACCACCAGCUUCAGCUGCUGCGUGCUGGGUUGCAGGGGCUGUCCCUUAACGUCAGCUGGAGCAAAGUGCAUCGAUUGAACAAGAACAUGGCCGUGCAGCAUUGUUGUCAAACUAUAACUAGCAAAUAUUGGAGAUUAUGGCAGGACCGCCUAGAGGAGGCCGAAGACAAGGCUUUUCAUCCACAAGUACAAAUGGCACUGACACACUACAGCACUUCACUGUUGAGCAGCUGUUUUCGCCACUGGACAGAAAAGCUUGCUGAACGCAGAUACAUGCAGGGAUUGGAGCAUCGUGCAGAGGCCUGGUUCGCUCAACGCAUGUUACCGCAGUGUUUCACUUCCUGGGUUGAAUUUACCCUUCAGAGAAGACUGCAUAAGAAGAGAAGAGAGAAGGCUGAAGUCUAUAAUCGCCAGCGUCAGUACACUUGGGUCUUCUACACCUGGUGGGAACAGUCAGAAAAGCGGAAGGAGGAGAUGCUCUCUGUGCGGAUGGCAAUUCUUCACGAGGAGAGGUGCCAUGCGCACAGAGCCUGGGCUCACUGGAGGCAGCGAACGCAGCAGCAAAUCGAUGAGAGGGAGAAACAGAGGGCUUCAGACAGUCUGUACAUGCACAGGCUUCUGCAGAAGACAGUGAAACAGUGGAAGGAUAACAGCACUGAGAUACGGGACAGGAGAAACCGAGAGGAGCAGGCUUGUCAUCAGGGUGACCUGCGGCGCAUGAGAUGGGCUGUGGAUCGCUGGAAAGAGUUUGUUCAGGGCAAGCGGGUGAAGCACAGCAGGCUGGAGCAGAUGAAGCACUACCACGAGACUAAACUUCUCAGACAUGCCCUGGAGGCCUGGAAGAAACACCAGCUGCAGAUGGCCCAGAUUUACAGUCAUGCGGAGAAGAUGAACGCACUGAAAACACAUUGCUUUCUCAGGAGGAUUCUCGCCACGUGGAGGGAGAACGCUUCGCUUCUGGCAGAGACCAGAAUCAUGGAGCAAAAAGCCCAGAAUCACUUCCAGCAUCACCUUCAACUUAAGGUGCUUCUUGCUUGGAGAGUAGCUGCGACUUGUGCUGUGUCAAAACUCCACCAGCAGGGGGAGAUACUGACCAGGGCUCAAAACCACAUAAAUCAAGUGUCAUUACGAGGGAUCUUCAACCAAUGGAGGAAGCAAACAAGAAAAGCUCGGACCGAGAGGAUGGAUUCAGAAAAAGCCAGACAGCACCAUUAUUCCAGACUUCUUUCUCACGCACUGAAAGCAUGGAAAAAGCAUCACCACCAGUAUCAUAAACAUCAGGUAAUGAAACGACAAGGACUCUUGUUGCUGAGACUAAAGACUUGCCAGAGAUACUUUGAGCAGUGGAAAACAGAGCUGCAGCACAGAAGGAAAGAGGCUCAGCAGACGGAGCUGGCCCUUUGGCACUGGUCCCUCACUCUCCAGGCCAAGGUGGUGUUGGCGUGGAGGCUGUGGGUCACAGAGCGGCACAAGAAGAACGAGCGUCUGGCUGGAGCUGCUCAGUUCUACAGAGAUCAGCUGCUGAGGGAGGGAGUGGCGCACGUCCUGACAUAUGUCUCUCACAUGAAAAGCUUCACCUCUAGCCUUGCAGAACGCAGCCAAGAGCAAAGCUCACAGCACAUCCAGAGAGUGGUUCGGCGAUGCGCCAUGCGAUGGAAGCAGCGGACGCUAUGCAAAGCGGGCAGGACGCAAGGGGUCGGAGAGUUACCUCCUAAAAAGAGCGUGACCUUCUGUCUGCCUGCACCUGGCUCACCGAGCACAUUGCAUGGGCUCUCUUGCUCCGACUCGGUAGCACGCAGAUCUGAAGAUGGGGUCCUCAGGGAGCUGGCUCAAACCCGCGCUGCUAGAUGUCAGCCGCGUCGCUGCAAAGAACUGCUUGAGUCUCCUGUCAAAAUGUUUCACCAUAAUGGUAUCCAAGGGCAGGCAGUCACCAGCACUAAUACUAAGAACCAUAUCGGAGGCCACCAACAUACAAUCCCACCUCCCUUGGAGCCAGGUUCUUCUUUACACACAGGCCUCCCUGCUGUGAGACUCUGCCUCCAGCCUCCUACAGUCCCCAUGAACCCCAAGCCUCCAGCUGUGACCCAGAGCACCCUCAUUUCUGCUGCGGCACACUCAGAGCCUCACAUGCCCUCUACCCAGGGACGGCAAAACCAGGAUGUCCUUUUACCUCCAUCAGCUUUCAUUACCACCAAUUCUCAACUUAAGCCGGGAAAGACCAGCAACUCAAGUCCUGGAGAUGCCUCACUUGUGCCGCCGCAUCAUUUUGUCUCCUACUCAUCAAGUAAUUCAGGGGUUUGUCUGCGAGCAGCCAGUGAAGGAGCUGAGGUUCAGGGUGCAGAGGAGCCGUUUGCUGGGGUAGAGACUGAUGACCCAACAUCAACCCUGACCAGAGAGCUGCUCAGAAUUCAACUGGACAUGAAGGGCUUCCAGCAGGACAGGAAGCAGCUCCGGGCAUGGCAAAGGCUGAAAGAGGUAUUGAAAACUUGGCUGCAUACCAGUGGAAAGGAAGAGCAAAUGGAAAAAAGCACUGUUAGUCAAGAGUUGAUGGAGUUGGAGGAGGACAUCAACAGACUGUCCACCGAGCUGGAGAAACAGAGGCCAAAAAUGCUUCUUCAUGCAGCCAGGGUCCGACAUUUACAGACUCUCCUCCGCACCUCAGGAGCUGAUUUUCUCCCCAGACCACCAGAGGAGAGAGAAACUAAUCUUUCUGUGCUCACAACAUGACAGGAACUUUUCAGAGUGGUUACACCUGCUUAUUUAUUUUUGGAUGGUUAUUCAUCUCUCUACAUCAUUUUUGGUAAAAUGACAGCAAAGCUCAAGACCUGUGUGGGGAAAAUGAUUCACCAGCUGCUGGAUAUUUUACAGUAUGCUUCUCAUUGCUCAUAGAUUAUAUGUCUAACAUUAAGUGAUUGACAUCUUUUACACCUUGUAAUAUAUUUAAGUGUAAGAAAUACUUUUGAAUAUUUAUUUUUCCUCAAUUCCAUAGUCAUAUUGUGAGAGCAUACAUAUUGUAACAUGCAGGUGGUUACUAGCUGUCAUGUUUUCCUUCUUCAUGCAGUUGAUCUUACAAUCAACUCUUGACAUAUGCAAAAAUAUUUAAGUCCACUUCCAAAAAAAACAACCCUCACAUCUUCACUGUAAACCUACAAAAAGUGUUUGGAUUCGGGUAGUCCAUGUGACAGAUGGUGUUAAAUAUUUUCCAUAUGUGUGCAAAAAGUCACUUUACUAUUUUCAGAAGAGCUGCUCUUGCACAAUACUUUUUAUUUCCCGUUCGCACAACCGCCUCGCUUGUCUCUAAUCCUUUUGAAAAUCGGUGCAGGAGUAUCAAGGACUUCAACCAAGCAAAAAGCACAGCUGUCUGCUGUGCUCUACAAACUGCGCAGGACAAAUUUGGAAACAUUUGUGUUUAGUGAGCAGCCGAGCAUAAUGCGACCGCUUCAUGCCGUUUUACUUUCUUUCAUUUUUCUCUGCUGCAUCAGGGGUGAGUUUUAUUGUUAACCUGAUGUAUUUAUAUUUGUUCAAUCUUAGUGUGUUAUUGAACAUGAGGCUCAGGAUGUGCUGACUCCUUAUGGAGUUUUGAUUUCUUGUCAGUGUUUUUGUUGACUGAUUAAAAGCUGGUUUAAAUGUUA